AUGCGGCCACCGGUUGGCCUCUUGCUGCUCUGCAGCUGCUGCUGCUGCUGCCUGGGCCUGGGCCUGGCGCCAGAGCAACUCUUUGGCCGGCCGCCUGUCGAUCGGGAUGUACAGCGACUGGGCGAGGCCGCGCUGCAUGUGGCCAGCCGUCACAUUGCCACCAGGAUCAACACGCUUCUGGUGCGACAGCACUGCCUGCACUGUCCAGCAGAGCUGGAUCACCAGCAGCGUCAGCUAACGGACCAGCUGCUCCAGCAGCUGGCACUGCACAUGUCCGUCCUCUUCUACAGGGCAUCCGCCUUCGUCCAGCAGCCCUGGGACUACACGCUCUUCGUGGUCAACGAGGCAGAGGCUUUUGAACAACUCCAUCUGAACUAUACGCAUCUGCUGCACGAACGUGAGUUCUACUUUCUGAUAGUCCUCAUGGUGCGGCAGCCGGCAACGGAGCUGCAGAGCUCUGUGACUCGCAUAUGCUAUGCGGCGCUCGUGAAGCGCAUUAUCAAUGUCGUCGUGCUGGCGCAGCAGGACGAUGGCAAGAUCGCGCUCUAUUCCUACAGAUUGUUCCGGGAGCACUGCACGCCGGGCAUCCACACCUAUCGGAGCAAUCGCUUUCUGUCCAAUGGUAGCUUGUUGCAUCCGGAGCUCUUUCCCGUACGCUUCACCAAUCUGAGCAAUUGUGCGUUCAAUGUGACUGGACACGUAUUGCCGCCGCACUUCAUGUACCUGCCGGCAGAUGGCGCUAUUCUGCCGGCGAACGGGGCGCUGAUUGACAUGCACGAUUUGCAUGGGAUCGGCGGGGAACUGCUGCGUCUGGUGGCCACCGCGCUGAGAUUUCGCAUUAAUCUCAAGAUACCCAUGGAGAAGAGCGAGAUCUUUAGCACUGACAGCCUGAACGGCUGCUUUGCACAGCUGGCAUCGGGCGAGGCUGAUCUGGCGGUAGGCGGCUUCAGUGGCUCGGAUAAGCGUCGCCAUCAGUUCGCCACCUCGGCCGUGUAUCAUCAGAGCUACUUCAUCUUUGUGGUGCGCUCGGAGCGCUAUUCGGGACCCUUUGGCCAGCUGAUACGUCCCUUUGAGCCCGUUGUCUGGCUCUGCCUGUUGGCCACGCUGCUCGCCGCGCUGAUCUGUGCGCGCUGCUUGGAGCAGCGCGUACGUCUGCAGCAUCCGGUCGAGAACUUGAUAGCCUCAACGACGGGCAAUCCGGUGCCGUCGCAUCGUGUGCCGCACAGCAGCUUUCUGCGCCAUCUGCUGGCCAAUUGGCUGCUGCUGACGCUUGUGCUGCGCUGCGCCUACCAGGCGAAGCUGUUCGAUGUGCUGCGCAUACCCAAGCAGCAGCCGCUGCCGCACGGCCUGGCCGGGCUGCUGCGGCAGAACUAUACGCUGAUUAGCAGCGGCUAUCACGACUUCUAUCCGCGCCAGCUGACGCAGCUGAUGGAGGGCAACUUCUCGGAGCGCUAUCAACGGCUGCAGCAGGCACGGAAGGGCACGCGCCUGGUCACCAUCUCGCUGGACAACAAUCUGGCACACUGGCAGCGCAAGCGCCGCCGUGGCAGCCGACUCACACAUAUCCGAGAGCCCAUCUACUUGUACCAGCUGGUCAUCUACUUUCCGAACAACACGAUCCUCAAGUUCAGCAUCGAUCGCAAGAUCGAACAGCUGCGCAGCUCGGGCGUCCUGUCGCACAUCGAGCGUCGCUAUCUGCCCGCGGGCAACUUUGGGCAAGUCGACAGCAAUGUGGAGCUGGUCACACGCAUCACCAACGAUAUGCUGCAUGGCCUCUAUCGCUGCUACGUUGCUCUGAUGGCCAUGGCUGGCUUGCUGCUGCUGCUCGAACGGCUGGCGGGGCGUUGGAGCAGGCUGCGGCGCCUGCUAGACUGGCUGCAGUAG